CUUGAUUCAGUGAAGAAAGAAGAAUUUGAUAUUAGGUUAGCCUCACCUAAUUUGAAGAAGGAAAUUCAAAAUAAAUCUAAAACACUUCAGAAAAAUAUAUCUAUACGUGUGUUUCUGAACUUGAUUAAUUAAUUAAGUCAUUUGUAUAUUAAAACAAAAUAAAUAAUCAAGAGCUUUUCACACAUUAUAUUAUAAAUGACUAACUUAAUUCGUUUUAUGUUGUUAUGGACACUUUUUUUGGGGAUUCAAGGAACGUUAUCUCCGAAAAAUAAAGGGUCUAAAAAUAAACAGGCAAAAGAAUUAAAGAGUAAGAUAGGGCCUCAAAAUUAUUCAGUGUUUGAUAAAAAUUUUGUUAGCGAAACAGUUUUUGCAAAAGAUGUUUUGGCUAAUCACAAAUCCUUUUAUGCAGAAACUGACGAUUACAAUUUUGAUGGCAUGGUUCUGGGGUAUGUAACACCGUGGAAUAAUCACGGUUAUGAUAUAGCAAAAAUAUUUGGCAAUAAGUUCACUCAUAUUUCCCCCGUUUGGCUACAAAUAAGACGAAAAGGCACAAGUUCCUAUGAAGUAACAGGUACGCACGAUAUUGACGAAGGCUGGGUGGCAAAUGUUAAAAAUGCAGGCAGGCAGCGCAACACUAAAAUUGUUCCAAGAAUUUUGUUUGAUGGUUGGACGUCACAGGACUAUUCAAAACUUUUAACGAGUAAAGAGGAAAUCAAGGCAUUACUACAAACAUUGAUAGAUUCCUGUAAGAAAAAUCAAUUUGAUGGAUAUGUAUUUGAAGUCUGGACACAAAUAAUACAGAUUGUAAAACCAGAAAGUGUAAUAAGGCUCAUGCAGAUGUUGAGUGACAGUUUUACUGUAGAAGGCCUAGAUACAAUAUUGGUCAUUCCCCCUAAAAGGGGUAACCAUGAAUUGUUUAACGGUAACCACUUUGAAGCACUGUAUGACCAUGUCACUGCAUUUUCGUUGAUGACAUACGAUUACUCCAAUCCCCAAAUGCCAGGGCCGAACGCGCCUUUGACUUGGGUCGAAGAUGCGGUAAUUUCUUUAACGACCAGCACCAGUAAAAGAAAGAAAAUUUUAAUGGGUCUUAACUUUUACGGCAACGAUUUCUCCUCAGAUGGAGGUGGUCCUAUUGUGGCUCACGAGUAUAUUGAGAAACUCAGUUUAAAUCCCGAUAAAAAGUUCUCUUACGAUUCGCAAGUGGACGAGCACAUAUAUGAAUACAGAGAUGUCGAAAAUAAGAAGCAUAUAAUUUUCUUCCCUACACUUUAUUCUAUCCACAAAAGGUUAGAAUUGGCCAGGAGAUUGAAUACAGGUAUUUCAAUUUGGGAAUUGGGUCAGGGCCUAGACUAUUUCUACGAUUUAUUCUGA